AUUUCUUUCAUACUCAUAUACCAGUGUCCAUUUUACCAGUCCAUUUUUGUUGGUUUUUCAGGUUAUGCAGUUGCUGAAGUAAGAGAGCGCCGCCUUCCUUGCUGUGGUAUUGGUAUCGGCUGGUUAUUUUUUAUCAGCGGUUUCUUUCUUGCGUCCAUCCCCUGGUAUGUUGGAGCAAUCGUACUGAUUUGUGUCAGGUCAGUAGAUUACAGAGAGAAGCCUGGUCUCAUUGCUUGUACCAUUGCUGCUGUUCUCACCACAAUUGCUAUAAUUCUUGGUGUAACGAAGAGCGAUCAUGAUUGGUGAUCCCCCCUCAAGGAAGGUUCUGCAGAAAAUAGAUGUAUACAUUCCCCUCUGAAUUCUGAAAUAAUCAGGGUGUUAUUAUUAUCUGAUCUUUUGUGCAGGAUUCAAUUUGUAUGAAAAUAGUCUAAACUCUCAAAAGUGAUCAUGAGGUUCUCAGAUGUCUGUAUCUAUCUAUACAACAAAUGCUUUUACGUACGAAACUGCAAUAUAGAUUUGGUCAUUUUGUGGA